ACUACUUGUGACAGCUCUGAAUUUAUUUACAUUUACUGAACGAGUGUUCAUUCGUUAAUAAGUAUAAUUAAUUAACUCGGUACUAUAAACAUUGAAUUUUAUAUUUUAAUAGCAAUAAACGUACCUAAAAGUAUAUACAUAUAUUUUAAUAGCAGUAAACGUACCUAAAAGUAUAUAAAUAAUUAUUUUCUCAAUAUAUCUCUCUUAAAAUAUUGACUGAUAAUUUUAUUAUGUAUCAAUUGUGCAUUAGUUAUUCUCUAGCCACUAAACUUAUCGGUUCAUUUGGAAUUGCUUUACGUUACAGACAGUUUCAAUAUUGAUGAUAAAUAUAUUAGUGACUGACUUUCUCUCGGCAGAAGAGCCCGACAAGUUUUCAAUUACUGUUGAAUCUUGGACACUUUUCGGUUUAAAUUGGACUUAUUUCGUGAAAAAUGUACAUAAAAGUUAUCAAGCCAAAAUACUCUUAUUUUGUGUUCUUUUUUACGCUGGAUGCUCUUUCGUAGCAAAUACAAUGUUAUGUUUAGCUUCUAUAUCGAAAAGACCAAAUUACCUUGUACUUUGGAUUUACAUACAAAUCAUUAGCAUAAUUGACCAAAGUUUUGCUAUUGUUAUGAAUUUACUUAAUUCGGAUUUAAAAUUUUUCAAAAAAUCUGAUUGGAGCAUGCCUUUAUCUAGUUCUUACUUGUUGUUGAGCGCUUAUUUUUUAAUAAUCGUCAGGUCGGCUAGAAAACAUUGGCUCGAUUAUUCACAACAAACAAUUCACGUUUCAACGAUAACAAGAUCUCAGGAAGUACAACAUGGUUUUAAUUUACCAAAGUCACCAUCAUAUUUAGCUGAACAAAACUACAUGAAUUUGCCAAAGCAAAUGAUACCAGCAAAAUACGAAGAUAUAUAACCAAAAAAAACAUUUAAAAGACUAUAUAGAAUGUAUACUUUUUGUAGACUCAUAAAUUAAGACGAAAAAAAAUUUUAUAACUGACUGUAUAAUAUACAACUAAUUUAUUGUUUGUAGACAAAUUGUUAUUGAGAGGAUAAACAAAUUUAUAUAUUUUAUAAUUAAAGUUUACAAGAAAUAUUUGAUAAAA